GUAGCCGAGGCUGGCGGAGCCACCGAGAGGCGGGGCGCGGGGGACAGAGCGCCGCCAUGGCGGAGGCCGCCGUGCUGCGCGUGCGGCACUGCCGGGCCGCCAUCUUCUGCCGGCGGGCCCCGCCGCGCUGCCCGCUCUGCGGGCUGGGCCUGCGCCGGGCCGGGCUGCUGGCGGCCCCGCUCCGCCUGCCCAGCCCCUUCCGGCACGGCCACCGGCAGCCCCCAGCCUUCCUGCUGCGGCCCAGCAGCGGCAGCUUCCUCGGAGGAUACGACGGGAAAUCCGAUCUUCACGUUGGAAUAUCCAACAGUAACGGUGUAGUGUAUCAUUACAACCAAGAGGGCAUCCACAGAUCUGAAACAGGAUGGGAACAGUGCAUUAGUGUCCCACUGGUACAGCCAGACAUGUUUGGGCUUCUUCAGCAGUGGGAUAAGCUCCUGGAGGAAUUUUCUGUGGGAGAGGCCUGGCUUCCUCACAGGUAUGAAGAGCAUGAGCACAACUGCUACACGUACGCCCUGGCGUUCAUCAACAGCGUCCGCACCGCGCAGGGCAAACAGCCCAUCAGGAAGAGUGAAUUCACUGAGAAGUUUGUGAUCCCACAGACAAGGAGAGCUUCCAAAUACAUUACUCUGCAUCAGGAGCUGACAGCAAACGAGUUCUACAUUGUACCCCUUCCCGAGCAAGAAAACAGUGCAGAAAAUGAGUUGCUGUAUUAACACAUCUGCAUCGGGCAAUAGGAAGAGGAAGCCUUAAAGCUCCAAAUCUCAGGGUUUGAGGUGCAUGAUCUACUAGUGGAUUUAAAAACACAGUUAACAUGUUAACUUGCACAUGAUGGAAGGAUAAGGAAUAUGAACUUGUGCAUUUGAGUGGAACAACAUGCACACAAGGUACACACUACAGAAAACUGGUGUGGGAGCUACUCGUAUGGAAGAGUGUUCUAUUGACAUGGUCUGUAUGCUCUGUUCUAAGACAUCUAAUACCAGAAAUCAUAACUGCUGUGUAAUUAAGGGUUUUAAGAAAUGAGCUGUGGUAGCUUAAGUUGUAGCAAACCAAAAAGGUUUUUCCUGUCCCAUUUGUUUACUGAUGGACAGGGAGUUUGCACUGGUGUGCUGCUCAAAUCCUUAGUCCAUGGUCUAAUGCAGAUUCAUGACAUGCAAAAUUAUUUUUCUUUAAUUACAAAUAAUAUGCCAACAAAUUAAUCCAGCCUCCUUGCCAGAUAUAUUUCUUUUCCAAUUCUUCUUUACAUUUUGCACAUUUUUUCCCUAAACCAGGACAGAUGCUUAGUAUUAAAAUAUAAUAUUCUA